AUGUCUACGUCUGUGGGCUCGCGUGACUAUCCUACAAUAAGCCCUAAAUUCUUUAGAGGAGAAUGCCCACGACUUUCAAUGACUGAAUUAUAUUGGCUCAUUGAAAUUUGGUACAAGAAGGCAACGAACGAUAUGGAUCGUCUUUAUGCCAACAAUAUUCACACAUGGAUCGCGCUGGACAAACCAUCUUUCCAAGAUCUUCUUCAACAUGAGCCUCGAGCUUUCGGGUGGAGAGAAGUAGAGUUUUAUGAUAAUUCUAUGGAUUCUAAAGUUGUUCAUACUACUUUUGAGACUAGUGAAGACAAAU